AUGGGACUCAAGAGAAUGCCCUCGACCCCCCUACUCGAACUCCUCGAGGGUCAACCUGGGAAGGAUACGCCAGGAAUGCCACAACCCAAUACUCCUUCCCCACCGCCCCAGCCCCAGAUUAUCCAGACUAGGUCAUCUUCCUCCAAGUCACAGCCACAACCCCCUCGCCCCAAACUCCCUUCUUCACCCCCACCAGCUCUGCCUCCUCGGCCGGAGAGUACUGAUUCAAAGAGGAAGAGGAGUCCUAAGGGUAAGGAAACCGUGGAUGGGGGAAAGUCCCAACCUUCUAAGGAGAGGGAUGAAGCCCCGCGCACGAAACAACUAAAGAUUGGGCACCAGAGCAAAGGUAAGGAGACCGAGGUCCAACCUUCCCAAGGCAAGGGAAAGGGGAUUGAGGCCCAAUCCUCGCCAAGCGCUUGGCUUCCCGCCCCAAUGCCCCACGGGGGCCCACUGCUGGAAACCGCGUCCAUGAGGGACCUUAGAGAUGGCGAGGGUGGCUUCGUGGCAGACGCACUAGGGAGAACCCUGCUACUUCCCACUGAUAUAGAUGAGUUGAAGAAAAUGAGGAUGCAGGAGGUCUUCCUUAGUACAAAGAGGAUGGAGGAAGAGGUGAACCUUAAGAGUGCGGCGGCCGAGAAUGAACGCUCCAAGCGCUUACUGGCCGCACGGACUCUCCAAGCUUCUGAGGAGGACCUUGUCAAGACUAAGACUGCCCUAACAGACGCUAUCCGAGAAAGGGAUAACGUCUCGGCGGGCUUGGCUAGCGCUCAAAAACAGGCCGAGGAUCAAACAAAACGCCUGCUAAAAGCUAAGGAUCAGUUGCGAGUAGCCAGGGAGCUGAUCGAUGAUCUAAACAGAAGACUGGCCAAGGCAGAGCAUGAUAAAGGUGUAGCAGAGUAUGCCCGUGAUGAAGCCACAAGGGCCAAGCAAGAGGCCGAGUUUGCCCGAAACGAGGUUGAGGCUGCCAAGGAAACGGCCGAGGAUGAUGGUUAUAAUGCGGGGGUUUGGGAAGAGACCUUGAGGCGAGCUGGGGUGAAUACUUCAUCCGAUUUGUGGAAAGCGGAGAACAUAUUCUACCCUACGGCCAUUCGGGAAGCCACCUCCACCAGCUCCGCAGCUGUGAGUGACCAAUCCGAGAAAGAGGUCACUCAGUCGGAAGCCGUACAGGUCGGCGCCUCUCCUGACGAGCAGCUUAAAGAGGGAGAGUUUCAGGAUGUGAUUGAAGCAUCUCAGCGUACGGAUCCCGAGGGCACCGACGCCGUUCCUGCUCAGCCUUCCCCAGAAGGAACUGCCCUCAAAGGCACUGAAGCCAAUCCCGUUCCUCCUUCCCAGGACGUGGCCGAUGAAAAAUUAAAGAAGUAG